AUGAGCCACAAAUCUUGUAGUCAGCAUGUUGCCGUCUUAGUCUUUCCGUUUGCAUCCCAUCCCAGCCCACUUCUCCUUUUUGUACGUAUGAUUUCGGCGGUAGCCCCUGAUGUGAAGUUUUCAUUCUUCAGCCUAGCUAAAUCUAAUAGCUCCCUCUUCACAAAAUGUAACAUUAAGGGCUUUGACAAUAUAAAGCCUUACGACGUAUGGGAUGGCUUACCAGAAAGUUAUGUGUUUUCUGGGAACCCUCUGGAGCCAAUUGACUUUUUUCUUAAGGCAGCACCAGGCAGCUUUAAGAAAGGUAUCGCAGAGGCUGAGGCUGAGAUUGGGCACAAAGUAGGCUGUUUGAUAUCGGAUGCUUUCCUUUGGUUUGCUUGUGACAUGGCAGAGGAAAUGCAGAUCCCUUGGGUACCCUUGUGGACUUCAGGACAACGCCCUCUGUUUAUUCAUGUUGCUAACGAUGUGAUUAAAGAAAAAUUGGGAGCUAGUGGGGACAAAGAUCAAACCCUUGAAUUCCUUCCUGGAUUUUCAGCAUUCCUUGCAUCCGACUUACCUGGUGGAAUAUCAACAGAAAAUUUAGGAUCCCCAAUUGCAGUUAUGAUGCAUAAAAUGGGACUCAAGCUACCAAGGGCAACUGCAGUUGCCAUAAACUCUUUUCAAGACCUAGAUCUCGAAGUUGCGUUUGAGCUCAAGAAAAAGUUUCAUAAAUUUCUCCAUGUUGGACCCUUAACCCUAACACCACCACUACUACCAAAAAUUUCGGAGGACAACGGAUGCUUAGAGUGGUUAGGUAACCAUAAGCCUGCAUCCGUAGCGUACAUUAGCUUCGGAACUGUAGCAGCACUGCCGCCGCAUGAGCUAGCAGCAUUAGCUGAAGCCCUAGAGGAAGGAGGAUUUCCAUUCAUUUGGUCAUUUAGGGGAAAUGAAAAAGAUUUCCCCGAGGGAUUCCUCGAACGAACAAAACAAAAUGGAAACGGGAAAGUAGUACCAUGGGCUUCCCAAACUCAAAUACUCAACAAUGCCUGCGUCGGAGUUUUUGUGACUCAUUGUGGUUGGAACUCAAUUUUGGAGAGCAUAACCGGUGGCGUGCCAAUGAUAUGCAGGCCUUUUAAGGCUGAUCAGCCACUAAACAUGAGGACUCUAGAGGCUGUGUGGAAGAUUGGGGUGGGGGUCGAGGGAGGAGUUGUGACAAAAAGUGGAGCAAUGAAGGCAUUGCAGUUAUGUUUAUCAAGUAAAGAAGGAAAGGAAAUGAGAGAGAGGAUUAGCGUGUUCAAAGAGUUUGCUGAAGAGGCUGUUAAAUCGUAUGGUCGUACAACUGAAGAUUUAAACACUUUGGUUAACGAAAUAAUAUGUAGACCAAGCAAGCCUAAGUGGUUGGAGUGGGCUGAGGGUUUGAGGAGUUGGGGUGGGUUUUGGUAUCCGGCGGUUUGA